CUAGAGCAGAAGUCCUGCUAGUCGCCUCCGUCUGGGUACCAGCUGCCUAUUACUCUGCAGGCGGGUGCAGCAAGAAGGAAAGUAGUUCAGACAGUACAGGUCGGCACGAGUGGGCUUGGAAGGUGGUCUGUAGGUCGCGGCGAAGUGGGCAAGAGAAGGAGCAAAACUGCCUUGAUUGGAACCAUGCAGAGGAGAGUCAGAGAUUCUGUCCUUCUAUUACUGUGAAGUGAACAGUAACAGAAGUCCCUGAACGAAACAAUUAACCAGACUUUGGUGGAGAUUCAUCAUCAGAGCUACAGGAGCAGCCUAGGAGAAUCUGAUGAUUACUAUCCUUAACAAUUAUUCAACCCAUCUCUAAGUGUUCCUUCAAUCAGGUGGAGCAAGGCCCUCUAAUCUUAUCUCCAGCCUUGGGGUCACCUUGGACAUAAGCAUGGGCCGGGCCAGGGAAGUGGGUUGGAUGGCAGCAGGACUGAUGAUUGGGGCUGGGGCCUGCUACUGUGUUUACAAAUUGACAAUAGGAAGAGAGGACAGUGACAAGUUGGAGGAAGAAGAGGAAGAUGAAUGGGAUGACGAUCUCGAGAUGGAUGAGGAGGAGAAGGAAAUUUGGUUUGAUUUGACAACUAUGGCUCGGCCCUGGAGUGAGGAUGGGGAUUGGAAUGAACCUGGGACUCCAGGUGGUUCCGAGGACAGACCUUCAGGGGGUGGCAAGGCCAACAGAGCACACCCCAUAAAACAACGACCAUUCCCCUAUGAACAUAAAAAAAUGUGGAGUGUUCAAAGCUUUAAAAUUUUCACUUGUAUACUUGACCUUUCAAAAUGUCCUUCUAUUCAGGGAAAAAUGUUUCUUGGUGAGCUGAAGGCCGCUGGAUUUCCACUUAACCAUUCAGUCAAUAGUUACUUGGCCAGCUUCUCAGUCACUGGAAACACAAUCUCCCCGGUCCAUUCCACUGUCAAGGAGAAGGCUCCAGGAGCCCCAAAUCACCUAAAAGCCAGUACUACAAAUCAGGGUCAGAUUAAGAUGUACUUCGAUGAAGUGUGUCAGGAGACUGUGUCACAGUGCUGCAACUCACUUCUGCAGCAGGCUGGAUUACAUUUGUUAAUAAGCAUGACAGUUAUUAAUAACAUGCUUGCCAAGUCUGUUUCAGACUUGAAGUUUCCUUUGAUUUCUGAGGGAAGCAGAUGUGCUAAGAUUCAGGCUUUGGAACCACCAAUGGCUUUGUCUGAAAAGCCAGACUUGGAGGGGGAGUUGCUGGGUGUCCAAAUGUUGUGCUCAUUCCUGGCCCUCUGUAUCACAAGGGGCAGCAGACAGAUCCUCCAGGAAACCCUUGUGCCUUAAGUGGCAAUCUGCAACAAAAUGGCACCAAAUGCACCUGAACCCUGUUUGGUUUGCAGAUGUCAAACACAAAACGUCUGCAGUAGGUGCACCUGAAGGUGUGGCCUUAGCCAGGCAACAGGUGCUUGGGCAAAAGUUCCAGGGGCUCAGGAGGAUCACUGUGUCCUUGGUCCAGCAUGGGCUCCCACAGAGCUUUGGGUAACUUCUGGGUUUGGCAGGACACAGAAAAUGUGCAUUGCGACUUCCUGCCUUUUGACUUCCCUCCUUGAGGGAAAGGGACCAGCCACCAGGGCUGCCAGCUACAGGUAAGGGACAGCAAAUCACAGCAUCCACAGUGCUUUCUUUGUCCACGGUGGUCUCUUUGUCUAAGUGGCAUCACUGGGCAGAGAACAACCGCACACAGAGCUUGUGCUGAAAAUGCAUUUGCGGCUGCUUAGUUUGAAGUAUUUAUUUGCCUUUCCUUUCUUUGACACCAGCUGGUGGAUGGUGAGCCUGUUCAUUCAGACCUUCACUCCCCUCCUGUCCAUUUUACUGACUUCACCUCCUGCACCCAAGUCUUCUCCUGUGUGUAUCAUCAAUAAAAUUAUGUGCUUUGAUUGGCAAAAAA